AUGGCUCCCGUGGAGACGAAAGAGUACGACUACAUUGUCAUUGGGGGUGGUAGCGGUGGCAGUGGGAGUGCCCGAAGAGCCGCGGGUUGGUAUGGCGCAAAGACGUUGAUUGUUGAGUCCGGCCGAGCCGGUGGUACAUGUGUCAAUGUUGGAUGUGUGCCGAAGAAGAUGACGUGGAACUUCGCCUCGAUCAACGAGAACCUGCACGCUGGCCGACACUACGGCUAUGACAUCCCGCACGACGUCAAGAUCGACUACACCCACUUCAAGCGCAUCCGCGACGCCACGAUCGAGCGGCUGAACGGGAGCUACGAGCGGAACUGGAACAAGGAGGGUAUCGACCUGGUGCACGGCCGCGCCCGCUUCGUCGAGCCCAAGACGAUCGAGGUGACGCUCAACGACGGCUCCGGAAAGGCGCGGUAUACCGCGAAGCACAUCCUGAUCGCCACGGGCGGGCAUCCCAUUGUCCCGGAUGUGCCGGGUGCGGAGCACGGCAUCACCAGUGACGGCUUCUUCGAGCUCGAGGAACUGCCGCGCAAGUGGGCGGUGGUCGGCGCGGGCUAUAUCGCGGUCGAGCUGGCCGGAGUCCUGGCGGCCGUCGGCGUCGAAACCCACAUGUUCAUCCGCGGGGACACCUUCCUGCGCAAGUUCGACCCCAUGAUCCAGGAGACCAUGACCCAGCGGUACGAGGCGGUGGGGAUCCACAUCCACAAGGGACACAAGGGCUUCAAGGAGAUUCAGCUCCUGCGUGACGGCAAGGGCGCAGACAAACUGCUGAAGCUGAUUGGGAAAGACGGCGAUGAGCUUGAGGUCAAUGAGCUGCUGUGGGCUGUGGGACGUGCGCCGGCGGUGGAAGAUUUGGGUCUCGACGUCGCUGGGGUGAAGCAGACUCACACCGGCCACAUCAUUGUGGACGAGUACCAGAACACGUCGGUGGAUGGGAUCUACGCGCUGGGAGAUGUGACGGGGCAGGUUGAAUUGACGCCGGUGGCCAUUGCGGCUGGUCGCCAACUGGGCAGUCGCCUUUUCGGACCUCCGGAACUCAAGUCGUCCAAGCUGUCGUACGAGAACAUUCCGACGGUGGUCUUCGCCCAUCCGGAGGUGGGCACGGUCGGUCUGACGGAGCCGCAGGCGCGGCAGAAGUACGGCGAUGACAAGGUCAAGGUGUACCAGACGCGCUUCACGUCCAUGUUCUACGACCCGUUCCCCGCGGAGGAGAAGAAGAAGAACCCGACGCAGAUGAAGAUUGUCUGCGCGGGGCCGGAAGAGAAGGUUGUUGGGCUGCACAUUUUGGGCCUGGGCGUGGGCGAGAUGCUGCAGGGCUUUGGCGUCGCAGUCAAGAUGGGCGCGACGAAGCAGGACUUUGACAGCUGCGUGGCGAUCCACCCGACGAGUGCGGAGGAGUUGGUGACUAUGCGGUGA